AUGAGGAGGAUUAAUCUUUCUCUACAAAGAGCUUCUUCAACAUGGCAUCACAAUGGGAGUUCCAUGCUGGGAACUCGUCUUUUCACCACCGUACAACCACCACCGGAAAAAUCCCACUUCGGCAACUUAAACGAUUCAGAUCGCAUCUUCACCAACCUCUACGGUGUACACGACCCUUACCUCAAAUCCGCCAGAAAACGUGGUGAUUGGCAUAGAACCAAAGAUCUAAUACACAAAGGCACCGAUUGGAUCGUUGAAGAAAUCAAGAAAUCCGGUUUACGUGGUCGCGGUGGAGCUGGUUUUCCGGCGGGGCUCAAAUGGUCGUUCAUGCCAAAAGCCUCCGAUGGCCGACCAUCCUAUCUUGUAAUCAACGCAGACGAAAGUGAACCAGGAACCUGCAAAGAUCGAGAAAUCAUGCGACAUGAUCCUCAUAAACUACUUGAAGGGUGUUUAAUCGCCGGAGUAGGGAUGAGAGCAUGCGCCGCCUACAUCUACAUCCGGGGAGAAUACGUUAACGAACGACUCAGCCUCGAGAAGGCAAGAAUCGAAGCUUACUCCGCCGGUUUAUUAGGAAAAAACGCUUGUGGUUCAGGAUACGAUUUCGAUGUUCAUAUAGCUUUCGGUGCUGGAGCCUACAUCUGCGGUGAAGAAACUGCACUUCUUGAAAGUCUCGAAGGGAAACAAGGGAAACCCAGAUUGAAACCUCCGUUUCCGGCGAACACCGGUCUUUACGGAUGUCCAACGACUGUCACAAACGUGGAAACGGUCGCCGUUGCUCCGACGAUUCUCAGACGUGGCCCGGAAUGGUUCGCGAGUUUCGGGAGGAAGAAUAAUUCCGGGACGAAAUUGUUUUGUAUCUCCGGUCAUGUAAACAAACCAUGCACAGUCGAAGAGGAGAUGAGUAUCCCGUUAAAAGAGUUGCUAGAGCGGCAUUGCGGUGGUGUUCGAGGUGGUUGGGAUAACUUACUUGCGGUGAUCCCCGGUGGUUCCUCGGUGGCGUUGAUUCCAAAAACGGUGUGUGAUGAUGUGUUGAUGGAUUUUGAUGCACUGAAAGAUGUGGGGUCUGGGCUGGGAACGGCGGCGGUGAUUGUGAUGGAUAAGUCUACGGAUAUCGUGGAUGCGAUUGCACGGUUGGCGUAUUUUUAUAAGCAUGAGAGCUGCGGCCAAUGUACGCCGUGUAGGGAGGGGACGACGUGGUUGUGGAUGAUGAUGGAGCGGAUGAAGGUCGGGAAUGCGAAAAUGGAGGAAGUGGAUAUGCUUUAUGAGUUGACGAAGCAGAUUGAAGGGCAUACAAUUUGUGCGCUUGGUGAUGCGGCGGCGUGGCCGGUGCAAGGUCUUAUCCGCCAUUUUAGGCCGGAGCUUGAGAGGCGGAUUAAGGAGAAUGCAGAUAGAGAGUUGCGAUGUGCGGGUAAUUGA